CUGUCCGUCAUAGCGAGCUGUACGACGACACCCCACCCCACCCACUUACCUGCUUCUAAUGAACCCCUCGGUUCCCGUCUACCAUGAGUGCUGCUGGAGCUGUCGAUAGCCCAGAUGCCACAUACGAGGCGCUGGAGAGUUACAAUUGGGACGAUGAUGUGGAGUUUCAGUCCGGCCUGAGCGCCAUCCUGGGCAGUGGCAGCUCUCCAGAGCAAGCUGCCGAGCUAACGCUACGGGCCCGUUGCUUCUACUAUACAAGGAAGUUCAAUGUACAUGUCGACUUCGAUGGCUACAAAGCUUACCGAAGCGCCAACUCGUUGCACCCCGUUGUGACCAACGGCGCACAUGCCCCCGCCGCUGCCUCGAGCGCAGAAUCAGCUGGUGGAAUAUUACCCACUGCCUCAGGAACCACAAAUGGGACUCCCGCGCCAUAUCCUACAUCGUUCGCACAUAUCGUUGAGCUAGUUUCGUCGGGCCAACCCGUCCCGGGCAUCAAGCAGAUCCCAAACACAGUCCUGACAGGGCAAGGAACGAAUCCAGCUAGAGCAAAGAGAAGGAAGCCGUGGGAGCAGGAUGAUCCUCCAGCAGCUGCACAAGGGGAACAGGAAGCAGCCCCAUAAGCGUCACUUUCGAGAGGAAGAAGCGAUACCCGGUCUGACAGCACGGAAGAAUAUGGCCUUGCAGGGCAUUAGUGGCAGUAUAAAGUGCCAGUAUUUUUCAUGAGUAAAUAAAAGGACACAGUCCUUCGAUAUAUAUAUAUAAUCCGAUAGGUCGAUUACCAGACCAACAAAACAUAACAGGGUAUCUGCACAAACACUG